UGACGUCACAGCGCGGCGACGCGGCCGGUGUGUACCGCCCGCUCGGCAGAGCCAUGUUCAAGGUAAUUCGGCUGGGGGCCACCCCUGUUAGCCUGAGCUUGCUCUCUCUCCAGGUUUAUGCUUCCUCUUCAGAGAAGACUUCCAAAAAGGAGUUGCUGAAAAUUGAGGAACUGUCACUCUACUCCUCUCCAGCUCGUGAGACUAAAUAUGUGGAGAAUCCACAAACCCACUUGGAAGAGGGAGUUUCGCGUUUACGGCAUGUUAUGGAGCCAUAUACAGCCUGGUGUCAGGAUCUUUAUGCCAAAGCUAUGCCCAGAUUAGAAAAAGCUGUUGAGCAUGGUAGAGAAGGCUAUGAAUUUCUCCAAAACCCCCCUGCUGGAUUUUAUCCAAGACUUGGUGUGAUAGGUUUUGCUGGAAUUGUUGGAUUGUUUCUUGCUAGAGGCUCAAGAAUAAAGAAGUUAGUGUAUCCCACAGGUCUCAUGGGUAUUGGUGCCUCCAUGUAUUACCCUCAGCAAGCAGUCGCUAUUGCAAAGGUUGCUGGUACACAGCUGUAUGACUGGAGUCUUCAGGGAUAUAUUGCUGUAGAAUCUCUUUGGAAGGAUAAUCCUAAAAAGAAGAAAUCUGGGGAAAAAAGUGGUAAGGGUGAUGCAGAUGGUAACAAGUCCCUGGAAAUCCAUGCUGCUUCAAAUGAAGAGCGAGUCCAGAAGUAGAACACCAAAUCGCUUGUCAUGAAACAGGUGAAUAAAAAAAUAUAGAUAUGAGCAACAGUUUCCCAAGAAAAAGAGGAGAAACAUCUGAAUCCAUUUUGAUUUUGAAUGUGACUAAUCUGCCUUCUGCCUCAGGAAAGACUGACGGUGUGCUGCUUGGACUGCUGGUAUGGAAUCUGUGAAAGGACACUAUGUAUUUUAGGCCAGCCUUGAGACCUUGUCCUCAGUUCUGCAACGGGACUCAAGUCUGUCCAUGCUUGUCCCAUUGCAGGAUCAGCAUUGCUAGUAGCAAAUCUCAAAAUUCUUCAGUCUCUUAUUAUUUAUAUAUAAAAUAAAAUUCCAGUUACACAAAA